AAAAAAUGAAAAAGUGUGAGCUCUGUGAUUCUUUAGCUAAGAUUUUCUGUGAAUCAGAUCAAGCCAUCUUGUGCUGGGAUUGUGAUUCCAUAGUUCACGGUGCCAAUUUUCUUGUUGCUAAACAUUUAAGAACUCUUCUCUGUCACAUCUGUCAGUCUCCGACACCCUGGACCGGCUCCGGACCGAAGCUCGGCCCGACCGUUUCCGUUUGCCAGGACUGCGUAGAUCGAAAUGAUUCCAGAGAGGAGAUAAACAACGAAGAAACACACGAUGACGAUGAUGUCGAUGAUGAGGACAGUAGUGAAGGCAACGAUGGCGGGGACAGCAGCGACGGUGAAGAAAAUCAAGUUGUUCCAUUAUCGUCUACUACUCCACUGUUACCCCGUUCUUCGACGAGCGAAGAAUGUUCGGACUUGAAGCGCUUGCAGAAGACCCUCCCUUGA